AUGGCUCGCAACACGCUCUUGAACGUGAUUACUCCUGACAAGCCAAUGAAUAUUGUCAUCAUCGGUGGCUCAAACACGGGUCUCAUGAAUGGCAUCGUUCUCAAACGCCUCGGCCACAAUGUCCACAUCCUUGAGCAAAACACCAAAUCCGAGCGCUCCGAUCUAGCAGCUGGCAUCACCACCCACCCUGAGUUCGACGAGUUCAUGGACAUCCAUGACCUCGUCAAGGAACCAUGGUCUAUUUUGAGUCCCGGCAUUCAAUGGUUGAAUAAGGAUGCUGCUGUCACUCGCGAAGCCAAGAGACCUCUCAAGAUGACUUCAUGGGGCGUUAUUUAUCACCGUCUUCGCGCAAACUUCGAUGGCUUCACCAGCAGUUUCUGUGCCAAUCCACCAGCUGCCGGAGAGAAGGAUGGAACUGCAACUUUCGAUCUGGGAAAACGUGUCACGGGCAUCUCUGACCUUGAGCAUGGCGUUCAAGUCACCUUUGAAGAUAUCCUUGAUAGAAAUAAGCAGGGCAGUCUUACCAUUGACCUUGUCAUUCUUGCUGACGGUGCCAAUUCCGGCUUGCGCAGCACGUUCUUCCCUGAGCUUGAGCGGGCUUAUGCAGGAUAUGUCGCACUCAGAGGAACGGUACCUGAAUCUGAGGUUUCCGAGGAAGCCAAGAAGGCGUUCGAUCCGAAGCUAACCUACUUCUGCUUCAAGAACAAUUAUAUCCUUCUGUACAUCAUCCCCGGCUCAGAUGGCUCUCUCGAACCCGGUCACCGCCGCUACAACUGGGUCUGGUACCACCCACUCACAGCCGACUCCCCAGACUUCACUGACAUCAUGACCGACACCUCGGGUACUCUCCACCGUAACACUCUCCCAGCCGGCGGAAUGAAUCUCAAAGCCUGGAGCAAAUAUGUCCAAAUCGCCAAGGAACAAAUGUGCACUCCUUUCGCAGAUGUUGUCUCGAAGACCACCCAGCCUUUCAUUACAGCCAUCAGUGACCUCAGCUGUCCUCGCGCCGUAGCCAUGAAAGGCCGGGUGCUCAUCACGGGUGAAGCUCUCAAUCUCGUUCGUCCUCAUAUGGCGCUCAGUACGACUGCGAGUGCGACGCAGGCUCUUUUGCUGGAGAAAGUAUUCCGUGGCGAGAUGUCCGUCGAAAUAUGGGAGAAGAAGGUGUUGCAGGCCGGUCGGAUUAGUGCGUUGAAAACUAAUGCGUUUGGUACUUACUUCUUGUAUGGUACCAUGUCGGCUGUGGGAUGGGUCGUGAAGUUGGUCGGUGCGAUGAUUGGUGGGAUGUUGCCAUUCUCUUCACUUCCAGCUGUGUCAAAUGCGCAGAAGGUUCAGUGCAAGCUUUAG